UCCUUACACCACAGGAGUACCACCAUGGCUAGCUCCGCCCUCCUCCUCCUCGCCCUCGUGGCCCUGGCGGGCCUCGUCGAUCUGCAGGCCUCCGCGGCCGCCCCGACGCCCGCUCACGCCGCGGAGGUCUCCUUGGCGGCGGCGGCGGCGACGAUGGGCAUGGCGGAUCAGGAGCUGGACGGGACGGUGCAGUGCCUGAUCGGGUGCUUGACGACUGUUCUGGGCUGCGCCUUCAAGUGCCUGCGCGUGCGCAAGGGCAUUGACCUGCCGCUCUGCGUCAUCGGCUGCAACGAUAGGGGCAUCGUCUGCAUGUUCAGCUGCGGCAAGCCACCUUCCCCGCCGGGUCCCAAGCCGCCAGUGCCACCUUAUCCCACACCGACGCCGCCUGCUCCCACACCGACGCCGCCAGAGCCGCCUGCUCCCACACCCACGCCGCCAGCGCCUCCUGCUCCCAAACCCAAGCCGCCGCCUGCCCCAAAACCCAAGCCGCCGCCUGCUCCCAAACCCAAGCCGACGCCACCCUAUCCAGGACCUGCGCCCGCCCCCACGCCGCCGGCGCCCCCCACCCACCCAGCCCGCCGCCUUACGCGGAUGGACACCUCCAACUACGGCGACAAUUACCUUGCAUGAUCCCCGUCAUAUUAGUGCAAUAUGGUAUAAGGGUUAACUUCAAAAAUAUACAUGCGUCAUGAAGAUAUAUAUCCAGAUGUAUAAAUCGUGCUGGAUCGAUAACAUAUUACUGAGUUCGAUCACUGAUGCAUAUUUAUAUCUAGAUGUUUGUUACAAUAGAAACAAUGUCAUAUGAUGACCCCUCGUGUGUGCUUAUACUAUAUACUUAUUUAAGCAAUAUAGUAUAUAUGUACAUUGGUCUGGGAUAACAGAUAUGUAAUGAUACCUUAUUUUAUGUUUACUUUACCCCUCUGUAUCUAAAAGGGAGUAUAAAGAAAUGUCUUUAUAUUUUGA